ACCCCCCCAUCAAUAAAAAAAAACCUCCCCAGAACCCUAACCCUAAACAAGCAUAAUGUCCUCAAACGACGGCUCCGCCGCCUCCUCCGCCGCCGGCGCCGCUAUCUCCGCCCUCCUUACCUCGACACCAACUCCUUCCUCUCCCAGAACCUCGACGACUUCCUCCUCCACUCCGACUCCGGCUCCGACUCCGACGCCGACGACCAGAUCUCCGGCGAUCUCGAGUCGAAGCACCGCAGGCUCGUCGCGAAGGAGGAGUCGAAGCUCGAGAAGGAGAUCAUCAAGAUCAUCAAUUCAGGCGGCGGGGUUGAAACCCUAAAGCCGAACUCGGGUCAGUCGGUCUCGAUCGGGGACCACAAUAUUUGCGUCGGGGUCCACGAUGAGAAGGGGUCGGAGUACAGGGUUUGGGAGUGGCACGGGCAUAUUAUGCUCUUUGAUGAGGAGGAUGGGUACUCGGCGGAGUAUAUUUAUGGGAAUUAUUUUGAGAGGGUUGUUGAGAAGAAGGAGAAGAAGGGGAGGGACGAGGAGGAGGAGGAGGAGGAUGGGAGUAAGGUGAAGGGGGAGGGGAAUUCUGGGCUGAGGGAUUUGAUCGGGAGCGAGACGGAGAAGGGGGCGAGGGUCGUUCAUCGGAAUUCGCUGAAUGCUGGGUUGUCCGCGGCAAAAUGAAUUGGGUAAAGGUUACGAAUUUUCAUGUGGAUGAAAAAGCUAUUAUGCUCUGAUAAGUGUUGCUUUUGAAGGGGAACAUAACGUCAAGCUUGUCAUAUGUCUGGUUCUGGUUUUGUUAUGCAUGCUUUUGAUAUGUAAACUUGAUUGCAUGUUAACUUUGGGAAGGUUUUGAAUUUAGUCUGUGAUUUUGUUGGCUGCUAUACGUGUUGUUUGUGGGCACGUUGCUCUUCAUAUACAUUCUUAUAUUAGCGUCA